AUGGCAAUCAGUCUCGCCCGUUUCAUCGUCUACAACAUGGACUACGACAUCGCCGACGCCGAUGGCAACCUUUGGUGCACGGCCGAAAUGUGCACAGCCGUCAUCGUCGUCUCGCUCCCGUCCUUAAAGGCACUCAUCAUCAAACCCACACCCGCUACCUCAUCCAACCGCAGCAACUCCGGCUAUCUGCAAGCUGGCUCCGGCAAAACCAUUGGUAGCAAAGGUAUCAACUUCAACGGGCACAGCUCGAAUAUUCAGGGCGGCACUAUGGAUGAUGAAAUGGAGUUGACUUUUCUGGACCGGAAAGCCAGCCCUACACCAACUGGAACCACUGAUGGGUCACGCUUACAAGAUGGGAAAGACAAUGUGAUGGUGACUACGGAUUUCGAGGUCACUAGUACGAGGAAUGUGUUUUAG